CGCCAGUUGCAAUAAACUACUUGUCGGAGGAAGAAGUAAAUUUGAUCAGAUUUCGAACUACAUUCGCGUUAUAUUUUGUACAGAUAAUUUGUUGGAUAUUUGGUGCUAUUCUACAAUGGCCAUCGUAACAACAGACUGGACUCAAGAUUUAUUUUUAUGUGUAAUUUUACUUUUCUUAGGAUUUUAUUUAUACUUGACAAGAAAUUUCAAUUACUGGAAAAAAUUGGGCGUUAAAGAACUUACUCCGAGUAUUUUCUUUGGAAAUCUUGGACCGUGUAUUCUUGCGAGGAAACCUCCCUUAGACUUUCUUCAGGAAGCGUACCAAGCUGGCGAAGGGGAAAGGCUAUUGGGCUUCUAUGCUAUCGAUCAACCCUAUUUAAUAGUCCGUGAUCCAGAAUUCAUACGACAUAUUUUUGUCAAGGAUUUUCAUAACUUUAGUAACAAAAUGCUCUCAACAAACGAAAACGAUGUUUUAGGAAAGAACAGCCUUUUUCUCGUUAAAAAUCCACCUUGGCAACAUAUAAGACAAAAGUUAACUCCUAUAUUUACUUCGGGCAAACUUAAAAAGAUGUUUGAUUUAAUGCUGGAAAUUUGCGAAGAUUUUCAAAUUUACUGUGAUAAUUUGAAAAUUGACGACAAAAUUGGGAAACCCGUCGAAGUCAAAGAGGCUUGUGCGAAUCUUACUACUGAUAUCAUUGGUAUAACAGCUUUCGGUUUGAAAUUGAAUUCAUUAAUAAACCCAAACGCCGAGUUUCGAUCACAUGGAAGAGCUAUGUUCCGAAGUAGUUAUGUGCGCUAUUUGCAAAUGCUAGCUAUUUUCUUCGUCCCGGCAUUGCGGCGUUACACCAAUCCAAAGUUUUUCGACGACAAAGGAUCUGAAUUUCUAAAAAAUACUUUCUGGUACGUGAUCAACGAGAGGGUAAAAACCGGAAAUAAACGAAACGAUUUGAUUGAUCUUCUGAUUGAGAUAAGGAAAAAUCAAGAAAACAAUAACUCUGACACAUACAAGUUAGAAGGAGAUGCUUUGGUUGCUCAAGCUGCAAUAUUUUUUACUGGCGGGUUUGAAACUUCUUCGACAACAAUGUCUUAUGCACUGUAUGAAUUAGCAAGAAAUCCAGAUAUGCAAAAUAGAUUGCGAAAGGAUAUCUUUACUGCAAUGGAAAAAGAAGGUGGAAAAAUAACUUAUGAUUGGGUGUCGACACUGCCAUAUUUGAACAUGGUGGUACAAGAAAUUCUAAGAUUAUAUCCAGUAUUAGCAUGGUUGGAUCGACUUCCAGAAAAUGAUUACACUUUUCCUGGGACCGACAUAACUGUGAAGAAAAAUACACCUUUUAUCUUACCAAUGCGGGCAUUACAUAUGGAUGCGAAUUAUUUUCCUAAUCCAGAAAAAUUUGAUCCAGAACGUUUUUCUAAUGAAAAUAAAAACAACAUCGUUCCAUUCACGUAUUUUCCAUUUGGACAAGGUCCUCGAAACUGCAUAGGAGAAAGAUUAGGCCUUUUGCAAACAAAACUUGGUUUAGUCAACUUUAUCACUAGGUACGAAAUUAGUACUUGUAAACAAACACUAAUACCAAUGAAGUUUGAUAGAACAGAUGUACUUACUCAUUCCCCUGGCGGAAUAUAUUUAAAUUUUAGAAAACUUUCAAAGUAAAAAAAUUGUUAAUAUAUAAUUUCAUGCGAUGUAUACUUUAGUUAUAUAAUAAUAACACAGUUCAGUUGAAAUGAAAUCCUUCUUUACUGUCUUAAAAUUUUAUAUAAUCAUCUACAUAUUAUCGAGAGCUGUUUCUUUCAAAGCAAAAGAAUUAAAAGACAUACUUGCUAUAUUAUUAAAAGUAACAGAUUGAUAAUACUUUUGCAGUUAAUUAUAUGUUUUUUGCGCGCUCCCUCAUAUUGCAAGAGUACACCUCGAUUACUAUAAACACUGUGCGUCAGUUGUUAAUAUACCGAUUAUUAUAUAAUAUUUACUCAGACCGUAACUCGGGUUACAUUAGCAGCAUCCCGGCAGAACUGAUUAAGUCUGAAUUUCAUAAAAAUUGAAUUAACUGUGGAUUCUUAGCGUUUGAGUAUACCUUUCACAUGUGAAAAGUUCAAAAUUUAAUUAAAACUAAUAAAACUCCAAUGCAUAAUCGCGGUAAAUCCUGCCUAACAGAACCAAUCAUCUAACUGUCGGUUAAAAAAUGAUAGGCUUCAUACUUUCCGAGCGUGUAGCUCUGCGAAAAGAAAUUACACGAUGAUAUUGAAAAAUAGCGUUAAAGUUUUUUGUUUUGUGCGUCAUUUGGUUUGUCAUCGGUCGAUCGAGGUUAAUUAACAAAUUUGUAAGAGCGAUCAGAAGGAAAAAAAACACGAAAUAUUAAGAAACUUUUUACAAGGGCAACUUCCGAGACCUGCCGUUUUAUUAAAAAUCAAUAGAACAUUACGAAAAAAAAUUCUUCAUGUAGUUUAAAGCUUCUUC